UGAGCAUGUUUUUGAACACAUUAACGCCGAAGUUCUACGUGGCCCUGACGGGCACAUCCUCACUCAUAUCAGGCCUUAUUCUGAUAUUUGAAUGGUGGUAUUUCCGAAAGUACGGAACGUCCUUUAUUGAACAAGUGUCAGUGAGCCACUUGCGCCCCCUGCUGGGAGGGGUUGACAACAACUCCUCCAACAACUCCAACUCCAGCAACGGAGACUCAGAUUCCAACAGGCAGAGUGUCUCAGAAUGCAAAGUGUGGCGAAAUCCACUAAAUUUGUUUAGAGGCGCAGAAUAUAAUCGGUAUACCUGGGUGACAGGACGAGAACCUCUGACUUACUAUGAUAUGAAUCUCUCCGCCCAGGACCACCAGACCUUCUUUACGUGUGACUCUGACCAUCUGCGUCCGGCAGAUGCAAUAAUGCAAAAAGCCUGGCGAGAGAGAAACCCCCAAGCUAGGAUUUCUGCAGCUCAUGAAGCCUUGGAGAUAAAUGAGUGUGCAACAGCAUAUAUUCUCUUGGCUGAGGAGGAAGCAACAACCAUUGCUGAAGCAGAGAAGCUCUUUAAGCAGGCCCUGAAGGCUGGAGAUGGCUGUUACCGGCGUUCUCAACAACUACAGCAUCACGGAUCCCAGUAUGAAGCUCAACAUAGAAGAGACACCAAUGUCUUGGUCUACAUCAAAAGAAGGCUAGCAAUGUGUGCCAGAAGACUCGGGAGGACGAGAGAAGCAGUGAAAAUGAUGAGAGAUCUAAUGAAGGAGUUUCCUCUCCUGAGUAUGUUCAACAUCCAUGAAAACCUUUUAGAAGCCCUCCUGGAACUGCAGGCGUACGCUGAUGUCCAGGCAGUCCUAGCAAAGUACGAUGAUAUAAGCUUACCAAAGUCGGCAACAAUAUGCUACACAGCUGCCUUGCUCAAAGCGAGAGCCGUCUCCGACAAAUUCUCUCCCGAGGCAGCAUCUCGGCGGGGGCUGAGCACAGCGGAGAUGAACGCCGUAGAGGCCAUUCACAGAGCUGUGGAAUUCAACCCUCACGUGCCAAAAUACCUACUAGAAAUGAAAAGCCUAAUCCUCCCCCCAGAACAUAUCCUGAAGAGAGGAGAUAGUGAAGCAAUAGCAUAUGCGUUCUUUCAUCUCGCUCACUGGAAGAGGGUGGAAGGAGCGUUGAAUCUCUUGCACUGUACGUGGGAAGGCACUUUUCGGAUGAUCCCUUAUCCCUUGGAAAAGGGGCACCUAUUUUAUCCUUACCCAAUCUGUACAGAAACGGCAGACAGAGAGCUGCUUCCAUCUUUCCAUGAAGUCUCAGUUUACCCAAAGAAGGAGCUUCCCUUCUUUAUACUCUUUACUGCUGGACUGUGUUCCUUCACAGCCAUGCUGGCCCUCCUGACACAUCAGUUUCCAGAGCUCAUGGGGGUCUUCGCAAAAGCUUUCCUCAGCACUUUGUUUGCCCCGUUAAACUUCGUCAUGGAGAAGGUGGAGAGCAUCCUCCCAUCCAGCCUGUGGCACCAGCUCACGCGGAUCUGAGGGGAGCCCGGCAGCUCCACUCACCUCGCUGGCUGGCUGCCACCAUCUCUUCGUGCCAACUCCCCGUGGACCGCAAGAAAGCAUGACUUUGAAAAAGGGAAGCCAUUCCGAGACUUAGAAACAUUCAUGGACUGUCUGUUCCAUAUUCAAAGCUGUUUUUUUGUUGUACAAAAUUCAUUGAUGUUCGGUUCUAUUCUAUUUUGCCUUCAGAAAAGAAAAAAAAAAGUAAAAAAAAAAUAAACUUUUGUGUAUUGCAGCAA